AUGCCUGUCGCGAUUCCGCAACAUCAGCAUCAGCAUCAGCAUCAUCACCAUCAUGCGCCAGUGUUAACGUUGGAUCAUCAACAACAGCCGUUACUGCCCUCGAGUCCCGAGAACGAGUCUGUUCACUCUCGACAGCUUUCGCCUCCAGCGACGACACCUCCGCUCCUGUCGUGUUCUCCGACGUCAACUUCAGGUCAUACAGUAACACCAGUUGCAGCAGCAUCAACAACAUCAACAGCAGGAACAACAGCCCACCACGUUAUUUCUGAAAAGAUUGCUCAAGUCAACAAGUUGCCCGAGUCAUUUUUGCCAGAGUUCCAUCAGUACUCCAAGGAGACGUACGAGAAUGGCUCGUCCAACAGCAAAAAGCGACGACGCAACCACAAGGAGGAUGGGGAUAACAUUGACAAUAGUGCCAGCUCUGAUCAGGAGGACGAUAUGGACAGCGUCUCGGCCGCAGAAAUGCGUCGCCAGAUUCAUAUCCAGUCAGAGCAAAAACGACGAGCCCAGAUCAAGGAUGGGUUCGACGAAUUGCGCCAGCAUUUACCUGGAUGUGUCAACAAAAAGAUGAGCAAAGCAGCCUUGCUCCAUCGAACUGUUCAACACUUGCAACAUCUCAAGAGUACGCAAGGUGCCCUUCUUGCAGAACUUGAAAGACUAGCAAAUGAAAACGAGCAAUUGCGCAAAUUCCAAGAAUCCGUGCUUCACAAACAAGCACUUGACAGAAUGUACCAAAUGGCUCCCAUGUAA